AUGGGAAAAAAAGUGUUUCUUCUGGAGAAGAAUUUCAUCGAUGACAAUGAUGAUGGCGACAGCGUGGAAGAUUUUGUAAAUACUGAUGACAAUGUUCGUUUUGCAUUAUUGUUCGACGGUUAUCCAAAUCGCGAAACCAGAAAAUUUACAAGUGUCGACGAUUUUCAACCGGAAUACUUCAAAUAUGCCAUAACUUACGAUGAAGUUCUUGAAAAAGAGCUUGAUAUACGGCUUAUUGAAAGCGCAAACAAUGGUCUUUCUUCAACAGUAAUCGGUAUUUCAACAAUAGAUUUAUCAACACUUAAUCCAUCUGGUGAGAUAUAUGUUUGGGUAACAUUAGACGCCUGUGAGCAGAUUGAAAAUUUGGGUGAAUUACUUAUUGGUGUACAGUAUUUGGUUCCCGUUGAAAGAUUAACAGUGGUUGUACAUCAGGUCAGAAAUCUGUCCUAUACAAAUGUACCCGGCGGAUGUGUUCGGGUAAAUUUGAUCAAAAAUGGUAAAGUUCAAAAGAAACGAAAAAGUUCUGUACAAAAGGGCAGUGACUGUUUGGUUUGGAAUGAAGCUCUAUCGUUUAAAGUUGCUCAAGAAUUUUUACCAGUGUAA